GAUUGAUCUCGACCUUGGUUCUAUCCUCAUUCGCUCUGGGUCACCCUCAGACCAUUUCUGCCUCCGCUCAUCGUGUACGCCCUCCUUUACCCGCAGUACAUCCCAUACAGGGCAGACAGUUCGCGACAAUGUCUCCCAAACGCGCCAGUGCGAGCAGCCCGUCACGGAAGCGCAAGUUGACGAAGGAAGAAGAGGAUAGUCGCGACGAAUACUCUGAUUUGACAGAGGAGGAGUCUCUUCCGGAGGACAUCCCUAGCGAGAAGAAGAAGGUCGAAAAGCCUGCGUCGAAGCGGCGCGCGUCGAAGAAAGCAAAGGUCGAGGAGGACGAGGAAAGCGAAGAGGAAUCCACCUCAAAGAAGGGAAAGAAAACCCAAGUGAGAUCAAAGGCGAAGUCGAAGGCGAAAGCAGACGUGUCUGAGGAGGAGGAGGAGGAGAAGGAGGGAGAGACAACGUCGAACAAACAGCCGACGAACAAGGUUCUUCCGGUACACAUUUCAUUCCCUCCGCGCGCACCUGGCACGAUCCGCAUCGCCUCAUGGAACGUGAGCGGGCUCGCCGCUGCGGAAAAGAAGGGCUUCAGAUACUACCUAGAGGCAGAAGAUCCGGACUUGCUCAUUCUGACCGAGACGAAGGUGGGCAAUGAGCCUGUGAACCCUCUGCUCUCAAAACGGUUCUCGCACCGCUACUGGUCCAUUUCAUCGACCAAGGGCUACGCGGGUACCGCGAUUCUCUCGAAGACCAAGCCCCUCUCUGUCUCGACUGAGCUACCCGGACACCCCGACCCUACCUCGGUAAAAGGCCGCAUCCUCACGCUCGAAUUUGAGACCUGCUACGUGGUCGGAACCUACGUCGUCAAUGCGGGCCGAGGACUCAAGACACUUGACGCCAAGAACGAGUGGAACAAGCACUUUACUGCGUACAUCCGUGCACUUGAUGCGAAGAAGCCGGUCAUUUGGGGCGGCGAUCUGAACGUCGCGCCCACAGAGAAGGAUCUGUCGAACCCAAAGCCGAACUGGAACAAGACUGCAGGCUAUACCGAAGCGGAGACGAGCGCAUUCGCGCGGAUAUUGGAGGGGACAGACGAGGAAGGUGAAGACAGCACGAGCGAGGAGAAGUUCGUCGACAUCUGGCGCGAGCUGCACCCCGACACGCGCCACUACACGUACUUCUCAUAUCGAUUCAAUUGUCGAAUGAAGGGCAUCGGGUGGCGUCUCGACAUGUUCGUGGUGAGUGCACGCCUGGUUGAGAAGGUGCGGCUGUGCGAGAUCCGCAGCGAAAUUUAUGGUGCGAGUGACCACUGCCCGGUGAUCCUCGAGAUUGAGGGCGAGCUUUGAGAAGCUUUGGCCGGCUUGAAGACGUGCGCGAUGAGUUUAUCUGCAUGCAUUUCGGCAUUAUUUUCUGUCUCUGCCUAUCUUGUUUGUUCCUUUCGUCAAAAUCGAUGCUUCGGAGAUUCUCAAUAGCAUUGGAAUACGCUUAGUAUCGUCGCACCGUUGG